AUCAGCUGAGGUUCAGCUGACGCUUCUCUGUCACCCCCCUGCUCGAUUUAUUUACAACCUGCCAGCGGGCACAUUACACACAUCGAUUACUACACUACAGACACAAACGUGUUCAUUUUACCCUACAACCCAGAUCAAACACAGCUAAUAAUAUAAAGUGACUGCUAGAACGGAAACUUGUUACUGUCACACCCCAAGCAACCGAAAUAUAGAAAUUUAAUGGUCAGUAUUAUAUUAUUCUCCUUGAAAGCCCUAGUUCACAGGGUUAGUUAUAAUAAUUGGCAAUCAAUAACAGUUUAUAGUCAAAAACGGAGAAAGAAAAUCGACAUAAUACAGAAUACAAAAAUAUAAAUUUUAUAAAAAUGUAUAAUUAUAUUGUUCCUUUGACGCAAAAUCUUAUAGGUUUAUGUGUAUAGAUACUAUAGAUUUGAGAUACAUUCGUGACAUUUAUUUAAAUUUGAAGUAUUCUAAACGCCCCUUCGUCGUGCUAUUGCGAAACGCUUGUGUGGAUGAAUCUCAAUAAAGUUUUAGCGUUUUGAAACAUCAUGGCGACUUACACGGCUGCUGCCGCUGUCAGUCGCUCACUGAAGUUUUUCCUCAAAGACUCUCCUUUGAUUUCACGUCAGAUUUGUCGUUUGUCGAGCAGUUUCUCUGGAAAAGGUUACAGUAGCUGGAGGGCAUGCUGUUCAUCUGCAUCGUCCUGCUCGUCGGAUCCUCCAGCAGCAGACACGUGUGGCUCCAGUGAAACUCUUGUGCACUUUGAUAGCCUCGUUCAGGGUGGCUUCCUGAGGAGGGAUGCCCAACAGAGACGGGUUCUCCAGCAGCUGGCCCAGCUGCAGCACACCCUCAAGAGCUACAGUAACAGUAUCUACUUGAAUCAAGACAUUCUAAACUCAAAAGAUGACAGCAGCCAACAUCACAGUGGCACCAGAGCAGGCGAAAACAAAGGCAGUGAGCUCACUGAAAAGGAGAAACCCAUUCCACCACCACCAGCACCACCACCCAAAGGCUUCUAUAUAUAUGGAGAUGUUGGCACAGGGAAGACCAUGCUUAUGGAUCUGUUUUACUCCCAUGUGAAGAACAGUCGCAAAAAGCGAGUCCACUUCAACGGCUUCAUAUUGGACAUCCACAAAAGGAUCCAUCGGAGGAAACAAAGCCUGCCAAAACGAAGGUUAGGGAAAAUGUUCACCUAUGACCCCAUAUCACCGGUUGCCAUGGAGAUCAGCAGUGAGACCUGCCUCUUGUGUUUUGACGAGUUUCAGGAAUACUGCCACACCGUCUGCUUAGACACAGGGAUUGACUACAGGAAGCUUGGCGAGGCUGCAGCAGGGAAACUUUACUACCUCACAGGGGAGCCUGGUGCAGAGGCCUUCUUGGAUGCACUGUUUGAAGAGCUCUCAUUAAGACAAAAGAGUGCUACAGGUCCCCGGGUGCUCUCAGUGCUGGGUAGAGAUGUGACUCUAGAAAAGACCUGCGGAACCGUUGCUGACUGUACUUUUGAUGAGCUGUGCGGCAGAGCUUUGGGUGCCAGCGAUUACCUGGAGAUGGCGCGGCUCUUCGACACAGUAUUGAUCCGCCGCGUUCCCGUGCUGACGCUGUCGAUGAAGGAUCAGGCCAGACGCUUUACCACCCUCAUAGACAACUUCUAUGACAAAAAGGUGAGGGUGGUGCUGCUGGCAGACGCUCCUUUGGACCGGCUCUUUGUCCACACUGGAGGAGAUGAUGAGAGGGACCGACAGCUCCUGGAUGACCUAGGCCUCAGUGAGGAGGCAGCAGAGCGACUUACCCUCUUCACAGCCGAGGAGGAGAUCUUUGCCUUCCAGAGGACAAUCUCUAGACUGAUGGAGAUGCAGACGGAGGCAUACUGGCUGGAGGGAGACCGCAAUCGCAGAAAGACCCACAGUGAAACUUAGCGCCUGUUCCUAACUGUCAUGAUAAUUAUCUACCUCGGCACAGCACAGAGCCUCUAAGCACUAACACUGCAUAGGAGAUGUAUUCAGUUAAGCAGAAGUAGAAAAGACCAAGUCUGAAACCAAAAUCAUCUUUUUCUUCUUCAGAGAAAUCGAUAUUUAACAAGGCAAAACAAAGCAUAGUACCUGUGUGUGUGUUGUACUUUUUUUCUGCCUGGUCCUUUUCUGUGACAUGCACUAUCUCCCCAUUGAAAACGAUUUGUUUUAAAUAAUAUGAAAACCUCUCUAACAUGAGUAAACCACAGGAAAACGGGCGCUCACUUUAGAGAGGAGGGAAGUGUGUUUCACUGCAGUUGGUUACUGCCCUCUAGUGGGUGGAUGUGAAAAGGGCAAGGUGUUUUCAAGCUGUCCAUUUGAGCACUGAUGUUGAUUUAGGAUAUGCUUGCUAUUAUUCAAUAUACUUAAUGUAUUUUAUUUUAAGGAACUUCUGCCAUUUUUGUAAGCUUUCUAUGAAAUCGGAGAGAAAAUAAAGUUAACUUUGUCUCGCAAUAAUAUUUGUUUUAUUUGUGCACUUUUUGAAUAGAUCUUUAAGUUUCUCUGUAAGGUUUUUAUGACAUUUGAGCCAAAUUGACGAUUUGAAGCAACUUAGAGCCCAUAUUUCAACAUGACAACAGGAUUAAGAGGACUAUAUAGUAUAUAGAGAGUGUGUAUAUAUAGACACCAUCCACUUCAUCAGUUAAACUUUGGAAUUACAAGUCCUUUCAGAGUUUCCUUAAUUCUUUGUGGCAUAGAUUCAACAAGAUACUGGAAGCAUUCCUCUGAGAUUUUGGUCCAUAUUGAUAUGAUAGCAUCACACAGUUACUGCAGAUUUAUCAGCUACACAUCCAUGAUGCAAAUCUCCCAUUCCACCGCAUCACAAAGGUGUUCUGUUGGUUCUGGUGACUGUGGACAUUUGAGUACAGUGGCCUCAUUAUCAUGUUCAAAAAACCAGUUCGAGAUGAUUUGAGCUUUGUGACAUGAUGUGUUAUCCUGCUGGAAGCAACCAUCAGUACACUGUGGCCCUGAAAGGAUGGACACAGUCAACAGCAAUACUCACUUAGGCUGUGGUGGUUAAAAGAUACUCUGUUGGUACUGAAAGGCCCAAAGUAUGCCAAGAAAAAAUCCCCCACACUAUUACAUCAUCACCAGGCUGCUGAACCAUUGAUACGAG